AUGGCCCAGGAAAUUUGUGAUCAGGAUUCCCAGAGACGCUCUACUCAGAGCUCUGCUCAAGUGGAGCAAAGGGCUGGGCCGCGCAAGGGUGGUAGGAGGGAGGGAACAGGAGUUGGGCGGUGGAGGGAGCGCGGUAUAAAAGGCCUUAGCCCUACCGGCGCCAGCCACAGCGAACCACCCGGGGAAGGCUGGAGCCUGGGCGAGAUCAACCGGGAGUGGAGCGUGCGGUUCCACCGGUUCCAGGGCGGCGCGCUGAGCCCACCAGCAGCCUCAGUUUGCUCUUGCAUUCCAAGCGGGGACCCCGAACCUGCAGCAAGACCCCGGUUCCCUUUCAGUCGCCAGCCGCCUCCAACAAGGCAUGAGCGCCACGCGGGAGCCCGAGGCUGCGGUGUGGUCAUGAGGCGGUGGCCCGGGAGCGGCGACUGCCUGCCGACUUGCGCUGCUUCUCGCAACACCACCUGCACGCUCCGCGGGGCAGAGGGUUCGGACUUGCGCCCUUCUAGAGCACCACUGGCGCGCCACCAGCGGUGCCCAAGGAUCUGGCCACCCGGCGUCCAGGAGCGAGUGGCAAGACCCCCUCUGAAACGACACCCUGUCAUCCUCUCUCCCCCGCCCGCUCCAAGCAGGGGUGCAGACACCUGGCUAGUCUGGCGACCCUUCGGUUCACCAUCACAACUCCAGCUCCACUUUGCCAAUAAAGCUUUCCAAACUCGCCCAGGCAUCCCCACCCACCCACCGCUGAGCGCCUCGGUGCGGACCCGGGUUCUGCCCUCGGCGCCCACGGAGACCUCGGGCCCUCCCAUCCGGGACCAGCCCGUGCCGGCACUUGCUGAGCGGCAGCCCGGAGUGAGCGCGCGGCCGGAGGGGGGCGUGGGCGGCCUGGGGGACCCGGCUGGGGCUGCGGAGCCGGAGCCGCUGCGUGGAGGAGGCGGGCCUCCGCUGCAGAGCAACUUUCUGGCGGCUCUUUUGCACAGACCCAGCUUAAAUAACCUCAAUGUGGAAAGUGACUCUACAUCAGAAAACGACUUUCCUGUCCCCAAAGAAGAGCCUGGGGAGCCUCCAAAUCAUCCAUUCGCACCCAGACCUUUCCCCAGGCAGCGAUUCCAGCAGGAAACUGGACACCCUUCAUUGCAAAGAGAUGGCCCGAGGUCCUUCCUCCUUGAUUUGCCAAACUUUCCAGACCUUUCCAAAGCUGAUAUCAAUGGACAGAAUCCAAACAUUCAGGUCACCAUAGAAGUGGUCGACGGUCCUGACUCUGAAGCAGAGAAAGACCAGCCUCCAGAGAGUAAGCCGCCCAGCUGGUCAGUCCCAUCCCCCGACUGGCGGGCCUGGUGGCAGAGGUCCUUGUCCUUGGCAAGGGUGAACAGCGGGGAUCAGGACUACAGAUAUGACAGUACCUCAGACGACAGCAACUUCCUCAACCCUCCCAGGGUGUGGGACCGUCCGGCCCCAGGCCACCGGACUUUUGAAACCAAAGAGCAGCCAGAGUAUGAUUCCACAGAUGGUGAGGGUGACUGGAGUCUCUGGUCUGUCUGUAGCGUCACGUGUGGGAACGGCAACCAGAAGCGGACCCGAUCUUGUGGCUACGCUUGCACGGCGACAGAAUCGAGGACUUGUGACCACCCGAACUGCCCAGGAAUUGAAGACACCUUCAGGACAGCGGCCACCGAAGUGAGCUUGCUUGCGGGAAGUGAGGAGUUUAAUGCCACCAAACUGUUUGAAGUUGACACGGACAGCUGUGAGCGCUGGAUGAGCUGCAAAAGUGAGUUCUUGAAGAAGUACAUGCACAAGGUCAUCAACGACCUUCCCAGCUGCCCCUGCUCCUAUCCCACCGAAGUAGCCUACAGCACAGCAGACAUCUUCGACCGCAUCAAGCACAAGGACUUCCGCUGGAAAGAUGCCAGCGGCCCCAAGGAGAAGUUGGAGAUCUACAAGCCCACAGCACGGUACUGCAUCCGAUCCAUGCUGUCCCUCGAGAGCACCACACUGGCUGCCCAGCACUGUUGCUAUGGCGACAACAUGCAGCUCAUCACGAGGGGGAAAGGGGCUGGGACGCCCAACCUCAUCAGCACCGAGUUCUCAGCGGAGCUCCACUAUAAAGUGGACAUUCUGCCCUGGAUUAUCUGCAAAGGUGACUGGAGCAGGUAUAACGAGGCUCGACCACCCAACAAUGGACAGAAGUGCACAGAGAGUCCUUCAGACGAAGAUUACUUCAAGCAAUUCCAAGAAGCUAGAGAAUAUUAA